AUGGACUGCCGGAAGUUCGAAAUUACCCUAAUUUCCGCCACCGAUCUCGAAAACGUGCGCGUGCUCGGCAAAAUGAAGGUCCACGCGCGCGUCUCCCUCAGCGGCGGCGCCGCCGCCAACGGAUUAGAGAAGCGCUCGCCGACGGACAAGCACGGCAAGACGAAUCCGGCGUGGAAUUACACGAUGCGUUUCGCAAUCAGCGAGUCGAUGGUGGAGAACUUCAACACCAUGCUCGUCGUCAAGCUCUACUGCAAGCGGAAGCUCGGUGACCGCUACGUCGGCGAGAUCCACACGCCGGUCAAGGAGCUCUUCGAAUUCGCCCGGAGCAGCGGCGGCAGCGCCGUCGUCUGUUUUCCAGUGCAGAAAGGCUGCGUCAAUUCGCAGGGGAUGCUGAGAUUUUCGUACAAAUUUGGGGAGAAGAUCAUGAUCGAUAAGCUGCUGCUGGCCGAGAGCGUCGCCGGCUUGAAUCUCGCUUGA